ACUUCACAAGGUUUCGUUAACCGCGGCGGUAUUGCUAGCGUUAAAUCAUCGUCUGUAGGCAGCUUCAAGUGGAGGUUGUAUCUGUCGUAAAGGUUUCGGAAGUUAAUAUAGGCUGUUUAGCUACCCGUGUUUACGACUGAGGGCUUAUUUGGUCAUUUGAUGGUGCGAUUAACAUCUUUGAGGCUUCUUCAUGUUCAAUCACUUCUUUGCAUAUUUUAUAUUUCAUCCUUUAUUUUCGGGUUGUUCGUUCCAUCGGCGGUAGAUUUACUGUCUCUACCUUUUUCGAGUAUACAUGACAUUCACAGGCUUUUCACUUUCCACUUAGUGACAGAUGAGAUCUGUGUUUUCAUUUUUACAAUUUUGGCCAUUUUUAUCUAUGCAAAGCUUGUAUUUCACGUAUGGAGCAAAAUUGAAAUAUUAUUCUACUAUUGGUUUGUGAAUACAAGUGCCGGAAUACUUGCGAUUUUCCCAGCGAUUUUCUUUGGUAAUGGCAUUUUUAUCAAACCGGUCAAUGGGAAUUCUGCAUUUUUGUCUUCUGUACUCGUAGUUCUUAUCCAACUAAGUACGGAUCAACCACUUGUAAAUAUCAGGGGUUCCAACCUUAAAUCUCAACAUGGUCUUCCCGCUGUGUCGAUUAUAUUUUUGUGUUUGUGGAUAGUAGGGUUUAUCAGGCUCUCUUCUGUUAUUCUUUUUUGUUAUGGCAUCCUGUGUAGUUGGUGCUACCUUCGCUUUCUGCAACGUCAUCCACAAGGAAGGAGAGGCGAUUAUCGUUCAGUAUUCACUUUCGCCAGUUGGUUGUCAUCCGGUGAAACUAGUAUGUCACUAUACCCGCCUGUGUUUCUGCCAAGUUUGUGCACCCGUCAUUAUGCGGCUUGCUUAACUUGUUAAUGUUAACCUUUCUAUUUAUGUACUCUUCCCCGAGCCAAUAGACAAAAUAGUCUCUAUUCCUUCCAACAUUUUCUAUCAACUUCUACUUCGAACCAAAUUUUGUCCUGGACUAAAAAGAGAAAGUGAAGUUACUGUAGAACCUUUAUUGACCUUUGGCCCACAUGGAAUAUCUUCUGAUCCAGAACGGCAUCGGCGGAUUGCUCUGAAAGCUCUAAAUGAACGCUUCACAAAAGCUGGUGUUUCUUCAAGGACACCAACUGAAGUCAUCGAAUGGCCAAGCUUGAUCGAUGCUGAUGACACACAAAAGACGGAUAACAACAAGUCAGAUGAAUCCAGUGUGAUCAUCGAGUUGCCAACUAUUACGAAUCCUUCAACUACUGAUACUUUAAACACAUUAAACUCAUCUAACGUGUGAACCUUGAGCUAAGGAAAUAGUUUUUAUACAAUUUAUUUAUGAGAUCCUAGGUUUUGUACCAUAGUUUUGACUUAUUCUGUUCACUUUAUUUAUCCAAUAACUUCUUUACACUUAGUUUUUUAUAUUGUAAGUUCCAUUCGUUUAAACAUGAAGUCAUGUAUUUUGUUAUUAGCUUAAGCAUCUUUUUCCUUGUGUUAUUUUUAUGAUUUUUGAUUAAAUAUUUUGCUUCGGCGACCUUAUCAAGCUCACUAGUGGGACAGUAUUAGUAAACGAAACUGCUAACGGAGGUCAAGAUGUAGAGUGAAAUCCAGUAACUUGUUUUGAUUUAUUCAGAAUGAAGAAUAUAUAUCAACUGCAUUAAGAAUUGGUUUUGAGUUGUUAAUGUAACAAAAGUAAUAACUUGUUCUUCCUGUCAUUACGGCUUUAUAAUGACUAACCUAUACUUCCUAUCUGUAGAUACACCGCUUUCCUAGUUUG